CGUUUGUGAGCUUCAUUUCUCUGACUCUCAUGGCGGCCAUUUCGAUUCACCCACCAUCAAUCCACGCUCUGAAUCCCCGCGCAGUCUCUUCUCUCAGCCUCAGGGUCUCCAAAACCCUAGAGUUUCCUUCGAAGCUUUCUGAGCUCACUUUAAAAGCUCUCAACUAUGAGCCCCGGAGGCUGGCGGUAUCUGCAAGAAGCGUGGACGGGAGGAUCGCUGACACCGCGAUUUCCUCAAAUGGCUCGACUCGAUCAAAGGUGAGACGACACACAAUUUCAGUGUUUGUUGGAGAUGAAAGCGGAAUGAUAAAUCGGAUUGCAGGGGUUUUUGCAAGGAGGGGAUAUAACAUCGAGUCCCUUGCUGUUGGUCUGAAUAAAGACAAAGCACUCUUCACAAUAGUUGUGUCUGGGACUGAAAUGGUGCUACAACAAGUAGUGGAGCAGCUUCAGAAGCUUGUAAAUGUUUUGAAGGUUGAAGAUAUAUCAAAUGAGCCACAGGUAGAACGUGAACUAAUGCUCAUAAAAGUUAAUGCAGAUCCAAAGUACCGUGCCGAGAUCAUGCGGUUGGUGGGCAUCUUCAGAGCAAGAAUCGUGGAUAUCUCAGAAGACUUGCUAACCAUUGAGGUAACUGGAGAUCCAGGGAAGAUGGUUGCUAUGCAAAGGAAUUUAAGCAAGUUUGGAAUCAAAGAAAUUGCCAGAACUGGAAAGAUUGCAUUGAGAAGGGAAAGAAUGGGUGCAUCUGCUCCAUUUUGGAGAUUCUCAGCAGAUUCAUAUCCAGAUCUUGAAGAAACAAUACCUACUCGUACACCUCUGCGGAAUACAGAACUCGAUGGCGGAACUGAUAUGUCUGUAGGGGGAGAUGUUUAUCCUGUAGAGUCUUAUGAUGGAUAUGCAAUCAACCAAGUUCUUGAUGCUCACUGGGGUGAUCUCAAUGAUGAAGAUACAAGUGGACUUCGAUCACACACUUUAUCCAUGCUUGUAAAUGACUCUCCUGGAGUUCUCAACAUUCUCACAGGGGUUUUUGCUCGAAGGGGUUAUAACAUUCAGAGUUUAGCUGUUGGACAUUCCGAAGUUGAGGGGCUCUCUCGCAUUACAACUGUUGUUCCUGGAACAGAUGAAUCAAUUAGCAAGUUGGUGCAGCAACUCUAUAAAUUAGCAGAUCUUCAUGAGGUUUGUGAUAUUACCAACUUGCCAUUUGCUGAGCGAGAAUUGAUGUUGAUAAAGAUUGCUGCUAAUGCUGCUGCUCGACGGGAUGUCCUUGACAUUGCCCAAAUUUUUAGGGGAAAAGCUGUUGAUGUGUCUGAUCACACAAUAACCCUUGAGCUGUCAGGGGAUUUGGAUAAGAUGGUUGCACUGCAGAGAUUAUUAGAGCCCUAUGGCAUUUGUGAGGUGGCACGAACUGGACGAGUAGCACUGGUCCGCGAGUUGGGUGUGGAUUCCAAGUACCUCCGUGGAUAUUCUUUUCCUGUAUAAUUUGAGGACUUGGGGAAGCUUCUCUUGCAAUGUUGGAGAAGCUUGGUGAGGUAGAUGAGUGCCAUGCGCACAUGCAGUUUCUGUAUUUAUAGGCUUGUGUUUCUUUAUUUCUUUCUUUUCUUCUUUUUUUCCUGGGGGGGGUGCGGUUCUUCUCUUUUGGUUGUGUUAGGAUGUCGACUGGGAGGAAAUUUUGUAAGAAUGGGCACUGGAAAUGCUGAAAUGGCUCUAGCAAUAUGACUAUAAUUUGUGAUAGAUUUGGUCAAAAGUCUUUUCGUUCUCGUA